GCUGUAUUGUAGAACAGGCCUUAUCAUUUCUUGUUUAUACCGUACACCGUAUGUUUUUUUGAUAUGUGAAUCCAAAGUAGAGCGUGACAAAAUAACUUGCUUGCGUUUAUGCUAAAAAAUUCAAACAAAAUGGACUGGAAUAAUGAUCUCGAGAUUACUUCUAAAAAGUUAAUACCUCGCUUAGGUAGACGCACAGGUCAGAUCUUGUCAGAUGAAAAUAAAUCUGAUGAUGAUGUUCUGGAAAGUCCUAUUUCCUUAUUACCCGGAAAGUCUACACAAAGACCAAUAGCUCCACCUCGUUCUAGAAAAACUGGCUGGGGUGAUGAAUUGAAAAGUGGCAAAUCAAAACUAGCAUCAAACAUUGAACAGGAACGUUUACGAAUGACUGAUAAGGAGGAGCAAGAAGAUGAUAUUCCUGUUAUACCAGAUUUGGAUGAAAUUCAAGAAGAUAAUAUUUCAUCUGAGAUUGCAAGUGCUCCUACAAUUAGCACAAACAGAGUAACUGCAUAUGAAGAAUUAGAUACUGAUUUAGUGAAAAAUGCUGCACUUACAUCAUUAGAUGGUGUCAGCUUAUCUCUUCUUGCAGACAAACUGUACAAUGAAAACGUGGUAAAAGAACUGGAUGAAGUUUGGAAUUGGAAUCUGCUUUUUACACAAAUUUCUUCUGAAAUCAAUAAUGAGAUGCAGAAAAUUGAGGCCUAA